AUGGAAUACAAAAGCUUUAAGAGAACACUAAAUUCAAUUAUCAAGAAGAAGAUUCCAAUCCGAUGUCUUACAACAGAUCUUCACACAACAAUCACAGCGAAGAUGAGGACAAACUAUUUGAACAUUGUUCACCAGUGGUAUCUUAGCAAGUGGGUGACCAAAAAGCUGUCAAAGAAGGCAAAAAAGAGAGAUUGUCAAGAGUUACUGCCAUUGAUCCAGAGUGUUUCCAACCAUUUAUGGUGGUGCUCUGUAACAUGCGAGCAGAAUGCAGAUGUCCUAAGGGAGAAGUGGUUGUCCUUGUUGCAUCACAUCACUGGUAAACACUCUUUGAGGGCCUCCAAGGAAUUUAAAUUA